CGCGACUCUGGCAAAGGUAAUGCAAGCAGUCAGCAGGUAUGAAAUGGUGGAUUACUUAUUAACUGUUCUUAAAUAAGGUUUUCCAAUUAGUGGACUUGGACUGCCCCGGCGACAGCACAGAGGAAGCGUAACCGUUUCAAAGGGAAUAUGAACCUCUGUUGUCAAGAUUGAUGUGCUUCAAUUCAAUGUAUCCACUACUAUGCGUCGGUAAACGGACUUCUUACUGUGAAAAACGCGGAUUCCAAUCACGCUAUCUUUGUGUUUAUUGGGACGGAAAUAGGCGGGAGUAACUAUGACUCUCUUGACUCGCGAUCGCACAGUUGCGUACCUGUUGCUGCGGCUUCGGCUGCAGGGACGGGAUAUAAUGAACGCUUAAUUAGAGAUGAGGGCUUCGGCUCUGUAUUCAGCCUGUACGUGCGUUGAGUCUAAUUGAGUUGUAGUUACACGGUCUGGGCGCCUCCACAUGGCGACCCCUGGUAACGGGUGAUGCUAACAUUGCUCAGCUAAGAUCCAGCCCAACCUCCUUCAGGACUGACUCACCUGCUGGAGUAUAAAGCGGGUUAAGUACCAUCAUGAAACACAACCUUAUCACGAAAUAUAUGAGCAGACUUUCUGAAGCUGUUCGACCCCGCUGUUCGAAUCCGGGUGGGACCCGAGAUUGUGAUUUAGAUGGGGAGGUUAUUGGUUCAGUUUCUGGUACGAGUAAUGAAUUUGCAUGUUUCUGUGGACAGAAAUAUGCCAGCAAGAGAAGCUUGUCUCAGCACAAGCGGCAUAGGCAUCCCGAUGAGCUGAAUGCGGAACGCCUGGAAGGGUUGCCGCGACGGAAGGGUGAAUGGACUAAGGUAGAGUGCAGCCACUUGCUACGUUAUGCCGAAGGACUGUGGACUACUAGUGUCCAGAAACAGCAGGUAUACGAACAACUGACCUCAGUUUUUCCGGGACGGCCAGCGGACGGGAUUAAGAAGCAACUGAGGAAGAUGAGCUGGCGACUUGAACCAUACAAGAAGUCGGCCCAGGGUGGUACCAAACGGAAGGCACACGAAAGUUCUCCAGUCGAAGUGGAUGACUUAGGGAGGGUGGCCAAGAGGAUCAAGAUCCGAACGCCUUUAGGAUCUCCUCUAGCCUCGGAAACGCCUAGUCCCGCCAUGGACUUGGGCGGAUCCCCCUCUGGUGUAGGACCCGUCGAACUCUUGACUUUUCCGACAUUGAUGGACAUUGAGUUUGUUGACCUGGAAAGGUUGGUAGACUUAGUGCUUCCGUCCUCGCCGGUUAGGGCAGAGCGAGAUGGCGCAGAGCAGGAGUGGAGGGCAGCAAUGCUCGACACUAUAGUAAGGGAGCUGUCGGAACACCGCGACGAGAGGCUCCAAUCAGACUUGCUUCUAGAUCUAGCCCUGAACAUCCGGGGAGGACAGCUGAACAUCGCCGAGGUUCAGGUUACGUUUGAGACCCAUUUGGAUACAUGCUUUCCAUCUAAGUGGGUCAAGCGGAGGAAACCAGAAGUCGCAGUCGCAGUAGGCAAGCGGAAAAUUCGUAAGGUGACUUACGGAAAGGUGCAGACUCUCUACCGGAAGAAGGUCAAGGACGCAGCAGGCUGUAUAUUGGAUGGAACUUGGAAAGACAUCUACAAGAUGUCGGACAAGUUAUGCGACGGUAGCCAGGAGUACUGGCGGAACACUUUUACUACUCCAGGCUCGGUGGGCACAAGACCGCCCCCGGAUGCGGUUGAGAAUUACGACUUAAUCUCCCAAAUCACCGUUGCGGAAAUCCAAGAUGCACUCAAGGGCUCGAACACCACAAGCCCAGGACCAGAUGCCGUGACCACUCUAGAGCUAAGGCGUAUGAACAUCAGUGUGCUAGCGCAGGUCUUCAACCUGAUGCUGGGGCUCGGGGAAUCUGCUGUGGCUGGUGAUCCGAACGGAGCGCUGGCCUAUGCGGAUGACUUGGUGCUAGUGGCUAACUCUCCCUCAGAACUGCAAGCUAAGCUGAAAGGCUUAACUAAAGGACUACGAGAGGCUGGCAUGGCAUUGAACAUCGCCAAGUGCCGGUCUAUGACGAUCAGGAAACUAGGGAAGAGGAAGCUAGUCGUACUGGAGCCUCACUCCUACAAGAUCGGAGGUGAAGUUAUACCGCCAAUGAUGCCCAGCGAGGAGGUCCGCUACCUCGGUUUGCCAUUUACCUGGAAUGGACGGAAACCUCCUAAGACUACUACUAAGCUGGAGGCUAUGAUAGGUGAAAUAAGUAAGGCGCCACUGAAGCCUCAGCAACGAAUUCGGAUUCUGUGUGAUUUCGCCUUGAAGAAAAUUGAGUAUGAGAUGGUACUAGGUAACGCGCACCGCAACACCAUAAAGGCAGUGGAUGGGAUGGUUCGAGAAGCAAUCCGGCGAUGGCUUAGACUACCGAAGGACACCUCGAUGGCCUUCCUUUAUGUUAGCUCAGCGGAUGGAGGUAUGGGUGUGCCGCAGAUGGGGAUCACCAUACCCCUGGCGCAACGAGAGAAGUUUCGCAGGCUACUCACGUCUCCGGACGAGUGGAUUAAAAGCCUAGCCACGGAUGACGCAGUCCUAGUGGACAAGCGGGUAGCCAGUCUACCUAUUAGAGUUGGAAACACCGAGGUAGGUAACAGAGCGGAGGCUGUUCAAGCUUGGAGAUCUCAGUACACCGAGAUGGUAGACCUCAAAGGAGUUCGUAUGGACCUAAUGGACAAGUCGAGUACCCUUUGGGGGGCUUAA